GACCUGAGGACUGUCCUCCGGUUCAGCUCCCUGUGAACCCAAAGAGGGCUACUUUCUCUUUAAAUGCAAAUCACCUCCAGCCAGCUUAGCUCCCACGAGCUCUAGCUCCAAGGAGGAGAGAGAAAGCAAGGUAGAGAGAGAUUACAAAGAAGCUCCAUUCCUCAUUCCAGACCCCAAACCUCCAGGCCUAAGGUCCAACAAGCACACCAUGGAUGACAAAAAGAAGAAGCGGAGUCCUAAGCCCUGCCUGGCCCAGCCAGCACAGGCCCCGGGCACACUCCGGAGAGUCCCUGUGCCCACCAGCCACAGUGGUUCCUUAGCCCUGGGACUCCCUCAUCUGCCAUCACCCAAGCAGCGAACCAAGUUCAAGAGAGUAGGCAAGGAGAAAUGCCGACCGGUGCUGGCUGGAGGUGGGGGCGGCUCUGCAGGCACACCCCUGCAACACUCCUUCCUGACCGAAGUGACAGAUGCCUAUGAGAUGGAGGGGGGACUGCUGAACUUGCUCAACGACUUUCAUUCGGGCCGCCUGCAGGCCUUUGGGAAGGAAUGCUCCUUCGAGCAGUUGGAGCAUGUGCGGGAGAUGCAGGAGAAGUUGGCCAGACUGCACUUCAGCCUGGAUGUGUGUGGGGAGGAGGAGGACGAGGAAGACGACGACGAUGGGGUCACGGAGGGCUUGCCUGAGGAGCAGAAGAAGACAAUGGCUGACCGCAACCUGGACCAGCUGCUUAGCAAUGUGGGUCAGAAAGCUGGCUAUUUUGGAUCCUCGGGACACCAAGGGUGGAGAGGGCACAGGCUCCCAAGUCUCCCAGUGAAAAGUUGGGGGUACAUGAACCCAAGAGCUGUGAGCUCCUCAAGCUGAACGGGUAGGGCUUCCCCCUAAGAUCCACAUUUGUUCUGGGUUCCCUCCUGACAUAAGCCUCCUUUUCUCUCUAUUGACAGCUAGAAGAUCUUAGCAAUUCCAUGUAUCCUUUCCAAGGGCCUUAAUAGGGCUCAUGUGUCUUUCAGGAGAGAGAGAAAUGAGGGAUGGGAAUCAGUUUCUCCCUCCCUGCCUCCCUUUCUGCGUAUUCAUAACGUAACAAAUAUUCCCAUCUCCUGCAGUCCUGACUAAAGAGUUAGUCACAAACUAUCCCCACUUGAGAAGAGGAAUGUAGAAUUUCCCAAAUCCUAAGAGAAAAACAUCAUGUGUGGUGGCACAAAACUUUAAUCCUCGCAUUCAAAAAGCGGAGGCAAGCCCUGGCAUGAUUAAAAUCUUUGAAGCUGACACAAGGCUAGUGAUGUUCUCCUACCCUUUCAGCUUUUCAUAAUGAUCCUUACUUAGAUUGUGGCCUGGUGUGGUGGCACUGGACACACACACACAGCGCCUGUGCAGGAUGGGAAGGCAGGUGGAAACACUGGGGUCCAAAGCGUCACAGUCCUUGACUG